AUUCCAGCAAGGGGGGGAGGGGUUCGUUGUUUGACAGGAACCAGAAUUCGGGUAAAAGGGAACGUAAAACGCGACCAAACUUUCGUUUUCUUCAGUUUUGAAAUUAAAAAAUGAUGAGGGUCAGUUCUAGGCAAACAUGCAAUGGAGAUCUAUAGUAAUUGGGUUGCUCCUGUUCAGACUGGCACUCAAUUGUGUCUUGUGGUUCACUUUCGGAUUGGGUUUUUAUCAGAAUUUCCAUUCUCAAAAAGUGGACCUUUACGGCGAAAACGAGAAAGUCGCUUUUGAAAACCCUUCGUGGCUGAAUCAUAAUCUACAGAAUGGGGAUAGCAAGACCUGGUCGAAAAAUGUUAAACAUACCUCGAAAAACUCUUACCUUAAUUACUUUGAGGACGGUAAAGACGAGUACGCCCAAAAAUACAACUCUUUUCCGGAUAACCUGAAGGUAAAAAUGAAGGACAUGGCGAAAGAAAUGUUUUAUUUUGGAUAUGACAAUUACAUGAAAUACGCUUUUCCCGAAGAUGAACUGAACCCGAUUGACUGUGAAGGCAGGGGACCCGAUGUACUAAAUCCGUCAAACAUCAACAUUAAUGAUGUGUUGGGGAACUAUUCUUUGACUCUGAUUGACAUACUGGACACGUUGGUGGUGAUGGGGAAUGUCUCAGAGUUCCAUAAAGCUGUCAAGCUGGUGAUUGAGACGGUCUCCUUUGACAAAGACUCGACUGUGCAAGUGUUUGAGGCCAAUAUCAGGAUUCUUGGAGGUCUCAUUUCUGCUCAUAUUCUCCUGACUGACUCCAAGCAGCCAUUCGGUAACGUGGGGCUGCAGGACUAUGAUAAUGAGCUUUUACACCUGGCGCACGACCUAGCUGUGAGACUUCUGCCUGCAUUUGAGAAUACCAGUACAGGAAUCCCAUACCCUCGGGUAAACCUAAAGAGAGGAGUCCCCCCGGACAGUAUCAAUGAAACCUGCACUGCCGGAGCUGGGUCGCUCUUGGUGGAGUUUGGGAUCCUCAGCCGCCUGGUCGGGGAUUCAACCUUCGAAUGGGUGGCACGAAGGGCGGUGAAGGCACUCUGGAAACUACGCAGUAAUGAGACUGGCUUACUAGGUAAUGUGGUGAACAUUCAGACUGGCCAGUGGGUUAGCAAGCAGAGCGGUCUGGGAGCAGGCAUGGAUUCUUUCUACGAGUAUCUGCUGAAGUCUUACAUCCUUUUCGGAGACAAAGAGGAUCACAAGAUGUUUAAUGCUGCUUAUGAGAGUAUUCAGAGCCAUCUCAGGAGAGGACGAGAAGCCUGCAAUGAAGGAGAAGGGGAUCCACCGCUAUAUGUGAAUGUGAACAUGUUUAAUGGACAGAUAAUGAACACAUGGAUAGACUCGCUUCAGGCUUUUUUUCCAGGUCUCCAGGUGUUAAGUGGUGACGUUGAAAAUGCAAUUUGCCUUCAUGCCUUUUAUUACGCCAUUUGGAAACGCUUUGGCGCCCUCCCGGAGAGAUAUAACUGGCAGCUCCAGGCACCUGAUGUCCUGUUUUAUCCACUGAGACCUGAACUAGUGGAAUCCACAUAUCUUCUUUACCAGGCCACCAAGAACCCUUUCUAUCUCCAUGUGGGAAUGGAUAUUCUCCAGAGCCUUGAAAAAUAUACCAAAGUCAGAUGUGGGUACGCCACUCUGCAUCAUGUUGUCGAAAAGUCAAAGGAAGACAGGAUGGAGAGUUUCUUUCUCAGCGAGACAUGUAAAUAUUUGUUUCUGCUGUUUGAUGAAGAUAACCCUUUGCACAAAUCUGAGAAUAAAUACAUUUUCACUACUGAGGGACAUGUUGUGCCGAUAGACAAGCGGUUCCGAGAAAAGGUUUGGAAGGAUGAAGUGGUCGUUGCCAACACAGAAAAGCCUGAAGUCAGGCCAGCCAAUACCAGCAUUAAUUGCAACAGGAUUCCCGAUGAGAGAAGGUAUGCCUUGCCUUUGAAAAGUGUUUACAUGAGGCAGAUAGAUCACAUGGUGGGGCUGCUCUGAACACGGACACUGCAGGGAUCUGGGGCUCAUGCCUCCCACAUGCAAGGACUGUGAAGAGGAGCAGGAUGCUGCUUAUUUACCAAUACGCAUUACUGUAAAAGGGCAGUUAAGGGUGGUGGCAAUCUCCACUGCAUUGACUUCAAAUAUAAAAAUAUAUUGAUUUAAAAUAAUUAAGGAAUACUGGCUUAAAACUAUUUUUGGUGAAAUUGAGCUCUGUUCUUGUGGAGCUUUGUUUUUAAAUGUGUGAUGAAGGUAUGUUGCAUUCAUUUAAAAUCAUGUUAAAAAGAAACCAGAAGUUCUUGGAUACUUCAGUUCUGGGUGCCUAAAAGUUCAGAGAUCAAAAUAUUGCUUCCAACAGUACAGUCCUUUUGCUGUGCUGCAUUAUUUUCCUGCUGCUUUUACUUUGCCUGUUGUCUUCAGGUUACUCUUGCAAAAGGGGACCCUAAUUUAUGGAUUUCAGUCCGCUUACUUUUAGAUUAUUUAUUUAAAAGGGCCUGUGUGUAUUAGAGGAUUGUUGGUGCAGUCCCACAUUUUUUUUUUUUUUCAAACCACAAAAAUAGCUUUCUAACAAGCUUUGCAAAGGACAAAGGCAACCCUGCAGGUGCGAUGAGGUGUACCAGUCUUAGUUUUGCCUCCUUAAAUCACGGGAGCACCAGACCCAAUCUGAUGCUCCCUUCAGAAUCGCCAGCGAAGAUUGGCCACUUCGCGCAGCCAGGACGUGAACCGUCUCUGUAUGACUCGCCCUCCACACCACACGGCUGUGCCUUUACCAGGUGAACCACUCGGGUUAUCAAUAGACUUGAGAUGCUCAAACAAAAUAGAUGGCUGUCAGUCAAGCCCUACCUAUAAUACUGAGUUUGAAUGGACAGAUCCAAAAUUCUGCACAUCUUGGUUCUUAAUAUAUUUAGAAAGCUGAGCAACAGUUCAUCCUAUUGCCCAUAUACAGUUCCCUCAAAUGUGUUGUAUUACUAGUAUUAUUGUAUUAAUCCCCUCACUGGUUUGUUCCCUAAUCUUUGUCUUUUUUAUGAAGCUGCAUUUUCAAGCCCAGUAUUCGAGUAGAUUCUAAAUCAAUGUAUGCACCUCAAAUGCGCAGAAUUAAUUUCAAGAUAUGGUAAGGAGCAGGGAUUUAUAGUAACGUUUUUAACAGUAUUGCAUAGAGAUAUAACUUGCAUAGCCUAUAACUGUUUAUACGAUUUUCUAAAUUGUUUAUACUGCAAACCUUGUGUGGGUGCAUACAAUACUUAAUGCAAAACGUAAUGUAAUUGCACGAUUUUUUGAACAGUUGUGUUUCAUUAAAAGAUGGCAGUCUAGUGGCCACAUACGAGUCUUCCAGGCCAGCAAUUUGAUUCCUAUGCAUAAUCCUUUAUUCUAAUUAUUGAGUUGUUUAAUUGACAUAAGUCACGUCCCCACAGGAGCUAUUACUUAUAAUAUCACUGAGAGUGUAGCUGCUGCAUUCUAAUGUUUAAACCACAGCAGGUUCUAUAAAAACAGAUUCAAUACGUUAAUAACAGCUUUUCAUCUGUUUUUUUUAUUUGAUUUAAUGAUUUGUAAUAUGUUUAAGUGUUCGGCGGCUCCCUCUAAUCAAGGUGAGAGUAUUUCCUCUUGCACUCUUUGUAUGACAGCCUGACACCGCAAAGAGUGCUCAAGAAAUUCACUUUCAACUUGACUAGAAGUAGCCACCAAACAGUUAAACAUACAUUCAAUUGGUAAACCAAGGCCUUUCAACAAAGACACUAAAUAGCUUUACAUUGUAUUCCUAUGAAGUGCAUUUGUAUGGAUUUGUAGUUGAAAACCCUUUAGAAUACAAGCAUUCUGCUAGAUCCUGUAGCUACAGGAUUGUGAUGCGUGCAAUCAUGUGCGAUCAGUAAGUUAUUUUUCUUCUGACAGCAGCGGUUUUAUAUAUUGUAAUACAAACGAAUAUUAAUGAGCCGUUAUUUCUUGAAGUCUAUCAAUGGAAUGUGUUCUACCAUACAGCUGUGUUAUGUAUUAUUCACCUUGGCAGUGAUCAGAUGCUUUUUCACAAUGCAUAGAGAGUGCCCCUUUCAAAUUGAUUUAGAUGUUGUGUCUCUCCGUGUACUGAAAGGUUGAGAAGAGAGAAAGAACAUUCUUCAAAAAAGUUUCUGAUAAAUUCUAAUAGUUUCUGGAACAUGUCUCUCAAUCUGCAACGUUAUCAUUUGUGCGCAUGAAACUUUACCAGCUUGCAUGCCACCUAGGGAUGCGUUGAUCUUGCAGAAAUAUGGCACAUAGUCUUCCAAAUACUGCUUUGCCUCCACUCAAGUCAUUGCUUUGUAGUGAUGUUUUGAGCACAACACGCAAAUAAAUGACACAAUUGUGCUUGAAGAUUGUAGAGUAUGCUUUGUAAACCCUCUUCUGUAUCACACUUAUUCCUAGUAGCUAAACACUCUGCAGCACGAUCAAAGAAACAUUUUCCACACAGCUGCAGCAGCACCUUUUAAAAGGGAAUUCUGUACUGCACAACCUUAUUUUAGAUCAAUAACAUUCUACUAUCAUGUGUCUUGUAUUUGUUUUUUUCUAUAAUAAGUUAUUGAAACCUAUGUCAGAUUCUUCUUGCAUGAAUUGCUCUGUUAUAUUGCAAGUGUCCCUUGGAGUGUUCCCUUACUUUCUUUUUUUUAAAAUAACUUUUAUGAUCGUGGGUGUCAUAAGUAGAGGAUACAAUAGAGUCAAAUCCAAUUCUACUUUUAAUAAUCUUUAAAAAAAAAAAACAUGACCAGAACAGGAUAAAUUGAGUAAAACCUUAAAACUGGAUUCUUUUUAAUUGGUUCAAAUUGUUUAUGGUUGCACCAAACAUGUGGAGUGGAAGGGCUGAUGUUGCCUGCCCCUGUUCUACACUGUCUUCCAUUAGGUGCGGAGGCUGCAUAUUUCAGUAAGGAAAUAGAAAUAAAAUGAACUCAGGGAAUAAAAAAUAAAUACAAAUUGAAAAAAAAAUGCAAGAAAUAUUCUUUAACAGCAAUCAGCUUGCCUCCUGUGGAAUCGAUUAUGUUAUUUUUAUGAAUGGGUAUUAAGGCUUCUUUCUAUGUAUGGUGUAAUCAAACUUUGUGAAUGCAAUUUUGUAGACUCCAAUACUUAUUGAUAUAUAUGUACACACACACAGUAAUCCAUCCUGUAUCUGCCCGUCACAUGUCUGCCCUAACCGUCUAUCCGCCAUGAUCAUGCUCUAAUGCCAUGUUAGUUUAUUACUGAACAGAGAAGAUUAGUUCAGAGAUUGUAGUUUCCGUACACUGUGUUGUAUGUGCUCCAUGCGCUACCAUUACUGGUAGUGUCACAUGCACUGUUCAGUGUGUGGAUAUGUAAAUAAAUCCUGUUUGCCUGCGGGGCGUAUCAACGUCUCCAUCUCCUGCCUGUCACUCAGCAGCGAAUGCACAUGGCAGACGGCUACUCUGUCUUAAUACCCUCUAUCUUUCUAAAUGAGAUUUAGGGGAGCUCCCAAAUAAAAGCUGAAUCACAAAACAAUAAUUGUGUGUAAUGGUAUUUAAAACAAGAUUCAUUUAUCUCACUUUUAACAUAUCCGCCCUUACUCUGGUCCCACCGCACUCGGAUAAGUGACAGAUUACUCUGUGUCUGUAAUAUAUAAAAAACAAAAAAGCAAAGUUGAUGAUUUUUUUUUUUUCCCAUCCAGUGGGUCAGAUUCUCAAAGCUUUUUACUCCAGAUUAUCAUUGGCACAAACCCAUUAGAACCCUGAAACAACUAAGAAACCACUUAAGACUAAUUACAGCACCCUCAAUCAAGUGCUUUCAGAAUCUAGCCCAAUGGGUUGAAUUUUUUUUUUCUGUUUUCAUAAGCCAUACAAAAAAAAAAAAAACAUUAAAUUACAAAUUACAGAAAGUGAUCUCGCCAAAUAAAUUCAUGCCUUCUCAACAAGGCACAUUGGCCUGUUUUCCACAGCUGUGAAGUCAAGCAUUUUGUACCAUGGAUCAGUAUGGCUUAAUGUCUGUUUGCUGUCUUCUGUUUCAGUACAGUAUUUCCAUGUAUUAACAUACUCGGGUAUUUAUGUUUUUAAAACUACAGCAAUGCCGAUUUAAUUUUUCUUUUAUAAUUGUUUCAAAACAAUUACCUUAAGUGCCGUUCCUUAAAACAGAAGUGUUUCAGUUUGUAUGUUGCUUUUGAAACUCACACUGAUUGUGUUAGUAUAUAGAGCACUGCUGGUCUGUUUACUUUAAUCGGUGCAAUACAGUUAAACAUGAGGUAUUUGUACAUCCUUUGUUUUUUAGAAGUCUUUAAGUACCUUGUUAUGAAAGGACCAAUUUUCUGUAAUAAACAAUUCAUGUCAGUCA